UGACGCACCGAUAACGUCCGUCCGGUCGCCGCGUUCCACUUCCGGGGCGUCCUGCCGACUCGCAGGGGUGGAGCAAGAUGGCGGCAGUAGCGGCGCUACCGGUCUCCUUCUCGGGCAGGUUUAAGGGAUCUUUUGCAUAUUUUACAAUUAAAGACAGACUGCCUCAGAUUCUCACAAGGGUUAUUGAUACUCUGCAUCGACAUAAAAAUGAAUUUUUUGAAGAACAUGGUGAGAAAGGUGUUGAAGCAGAGAAGAGAGCUAUAUCUUUCCUCUCCAAACUACGCAAUGAACUGCAGACAGACAAACCAAUGACCCCUUUGGAAGAUGAGCUACCUGAUGCUGCACUGUGGAACCAGUACUUAGACUACCAACGAAACUUAUCAAAUGGAAAUGGAGAACCAAGUUGGUUUCAGUCCCCUUGGUUAUAUGUAGAGUGUUACAUGUAUCGAAGAAUUCAUGCAGCAUUAGCACACAACCCUCCUAUUGACAACUUUGAUGUAUUUAAAGAAGGAAAGGCUCAAAAUUUCUUUGAAUCCCAAGAGGCUGUUAUUGCCCUGUGCACUUACUUUCAGGAACUUCUUAAAAAUAUCAAGGAUCUAGAUGAAGGGCAACUUCAGGAGGAACUUUUUAAGCUACUGCAGGUGUCCUUGUGGGGCAAUAAGUGUGAUCUUUCCUUCUCAGCUGGUGAAGGCAGCUCUCAGAAGUCUAAUCCUUUACAAUCCCUGGAAAACUUGAUGUCUUACAUCUUAGUGAAUGAUAUGGAAAAACUUUGGUCACUACUUGUAAAUGCCAAAAAAGGAAAUACAGAAGAAAAAAAUGUUAGAGUCGACAUAAUCCUGGAUAAUGCUGGGUUUGAACUUGUCAGUGAUCUUGUGUUGGCUGAUUUCCUGUUACUGUCAAAGCUAGCAGACAAAGUCCAUUUUCAUGGAAAAAGUAUUCCAUGGUUUGUGUCAGAUACCACAAGGCAUGAUUUUAAUUGGACUCUUAAGCAACUGCAGUCAGCUAAUCAUAUGUGGAUGUCUAGAUGUGGUAUAAACUGGGAGGGCAAUUUGAAAAAGGGAGUUUGGGUUUACCAUGAUCACAUGUUUUGGACUUUACCACAUGACUUUUCCAGUAUGGCUGAAGUUGCUCCUGAUUUAUAUGCUGAUCUACAGAAGUCAAACUUGCUUCUUUUCAAAGGUGAUCUAAACUACAGAAAAUUAACAGGAGAUAGAAAAUGGGAAUACAGUGUUCCAUUUCAUCAAGCCUUGAACAGGUUUCAUCCUGCUCCUCUUUGUAGUUUGAGAACACUCAAAUCUGACACCCAGGUUGGCCUAAAACCUGGGCAAGGUGAACAAAUUGGGGCUUCUGAACCUGAGUGGAUGAUAAGUGGCAAAUAUGGGGAAUCUGAUGAUCACGUUCUUUUGGAGGCUCCUGUCACUAGAGAGCAGAUGAAUCUCUAUCGAGCUGCAGCUGAAACUGCUCAAAGUGAGCUUGCAGCACUUUCAGUGAAGUAUGAUUGUGCUCAGUCAGAGCUUCUUGAACUCAGGUCCAGAAUGGUCUCUAAAGAAGCCUCUUUUCAAGAACUGAAGGCUGAAGCUGAAAGAUACAAGGAAAUCAAUGCUAGACAGAUGUCACGCUUGCUGUAUUUGCAAACCCAAAUUCAGGAGAUGGAGGAGGAGGCUUGUGUGCUCACCACUUCUAAAAACCAGGCUGAGUUGACAGCUCAGGUAGCAUUCAAGGAAAACUGGGAGCUGAAGGAGAAGCUUCAUGAGCAAAAUACCAAAUUGAAUAAAUUUUUGAAUGAGUGCGAAGAAAGCAUGACUCAAGCUUCUGCAAUCAGCCGAAAGUAUGAAGAGGUCCUUACACAGCUUUCUGGAUUCUUGGACACAGACAUCAGAGAAAAAGAGAAACCACAGGAACAUUUAAUGUCAAAGGUCUCUGAGAUAUGUAAAGAAAAUCUAACACUAAAAAAAGAGGUUUCUGCUCUUCAAGAAGCUAUCAAUGUCCAUGAGGUGGAGUCCAAAGCUAACAAAGAAACUAUCAUGAGGCUUGUUUCAGAAGUGACCACGGAGCAGAAAAAGGCAGCAGGAUACUAUCGGGACAUGGAAAAACUUAGUAAGGAUCUUGAAAGUGCUGUAACAGGGAAACAGAGUUUGGAGAUGGAGAUCAGAAACCUCCAAGAUAAACUGACUGCUAACCAGAAAUCUUUGGAUGCCUCAAAGCAGGAACUGCAUAAUCUGGAGAAAUCUUUCACUGAGCUGGAUGGAAACUUGAAGAGCAGCAGAGAAGAGGCCAGGACUGCUCAGAGAUCUUCAGUAGCUUUUAAAGAGCAAAUUGCUACCCUACUUAGUAGUAGAUCUACGAUGGUUAAACCUUCUGAGAAGGCCAUUUUGGAGAGGAUCCAAGAAAUAAACUGCAAAGAGGAGAGUAAAGAAAUAAUGGUGUCUCAGCUUGAAGCCCAAGUAGCCAAACUGGCUGAAGCUUUGGAAAAUCAGACCAGACUGUACCAAGAAGCUUUGGAGAGGAGCAGAAAAGCCGAAAAAUGCUCUGAGACUUUCCAGGACCAACUGAAACACUUGGAGGAAGAACUACUAUCUGUAGAUCUGAUACAAGACGAUCUGAAGCUUGAGAAACAAAAAUUUCUGAAAUUUCUGGAGCAGCUUAAUGUGAAGAUGCAUUUGGAUAGCUUAGCAGCAGAAGUUGGAUUGGAUAUGAAUGUGGACAUGAUUCUAGCCCGGAUAGAGCAGUUAGUGAAACUGGAAGGUGAUGCUGUGAUUGAAAACAAGACUAUGGCAUAUAGCCUAAGAAGGAAGCUGAAGGCUCAGAAAGAAAAGCUGGAGAGCAAAGAGCUGCACAUGAACCUUCUGCGGCAGAAAAUAAUCCAGCUGGAAGAAGAGAAGCAAGUAAGGACAGCCAUAGCUGUGGAGAGGGAUGAGGCUAAUCUUGCUGUCAGAAAGUUACAUAAAACGAUAGAGAGGAUACAGAAGCAGCUUGAUCUGGCAAGGGAGACAAAUACUGAUCUCAAAGCCAAAUUGUCUGAAACCAAUGAACUUAAGAUCAAAACCUUGGAGCAGAGCAGGACAAUAGAAGAACUCAGUAAGUCUCAAGGCAGACUGGAAAGAAUGAAAGAAAAGGCUGAGAAACAGCUUACCUCUGUCAAAUCAGAACUUCUUUUAAAGGAGCACAAAGCUAUCAAAGAUAAAGAAAAAAACCAGAAUAUGUUAGAAGCAGUUACCAGUGAGGUGAAGGUGCUUAAAACAACUCUUGCAGAAUCAGUGAAAAGAGAGAGACAGCUGGCAGAUUUCCGAGAGGUGGUCUCGCGGAUGCUGGGCCUUGACAUUGCCAGCCUCGCUCUUCCUGACUAUGAAAUCAUUACAUGUCUUGAAGGGUUGAUUCACUGUCAUCAGCACCACCACUUCCCCUGUAUCUGCCUGAGAGAUGUGGCAGGGGCAUCAGAGGAACACUCACAAAGAAAGAUAGAGCUUCUUCACUGAAACGUGUCUUGUACAGAGAUAGACUAAGUAAAAUUUCCUCUUAUGCUUCCCUACCUGCUAGACAUGCACAGAAAACAGAUACUUAUUUAGUGCCCUGCUCUUAUAGAUACUUAGGCUGACUUCUACUUUUUCAGUAGGGAAACUGAUCCACAUGAGUAGAGUGAAGUCAGCAGGCUAAUGAUUGCAAACAGAAAAUCCCUGGGCAGCAUGCUAAUGCAGUUGUGGAAGUUGAAAGUGACAGGCAAGAUGUGAACGUGUGCAGCCCUUCAGUUUCACUGCAGAAGCAUUGGAGGCGUGGACCAACAGAGAUGAGGGCAGAGUUUUAGGAAGAACUUCCUAAUGACUCUGCUUCACUUGCAUUCCUUCUGCUUUACCUCUGGGUGAGAGGUGCAAUAAAGUGGUGGUUGUGCUGCUGCUGUUCCUGUAGCUUCAGGAAAAUUAGCUGUAAGCUGGGGGACUACCACAAUUUUGGAAGAAGAGAUUUUUUUCUUUCCUUCUGCUUUUCCCUUAGUGUGCUGUUGUGCCAAAACAAAAGUUAUAUUUUUUCAGCAAAGGCUUUUCACAGGGUCCAGUCAUGUGCCUGAUCAUGAUACACUUGGUAAUGUUGCCCCUUUCCUGUGAUCCAUGAUGCCUGCAAAAUUUUUCUCCUAGCUGCUGUAUUCCUGCAGAAAUUAAUCCGUAGGGCAAAUAAGUGGCAUUUCUUCUGAGGUGAUAAAACCUUAUUUUAAAGUGAUUAUAUUGAAUUACUGGUCUUUCUUUUCAUAACACCAACGAUGAGGUGUCCUUAAUUGCUUCUUAAUCAUAAAAGCUACUUGUCUACCACCCUCUUUGAGUGUUGUGAAACUUCGUGGCCUUUUAAAAACAAAUCUGAACAAUAAAUGCUUUAAUAGUGCA